AAAGGAGACAUUUUUAUUUAUAAUUUGAUAGCAAUGGUAAGGGUAUUGACAAAAGUCCACAGCAACAAAGAACAAAGAGCGAGUCCAAAGUCCUUUUACCAUAUAGAAAACACUUGUAAGCAGAAAUGGGAAAUCUCUGUCUUCUCUCUUUCAGAUUCAACCAAAAAUUUAACAGCUUGAUCAUGCUUGUUAAAGUUGCUUGAUUUGUUGAAAACUGAUUAUUUGUUGAUUUAGAGCAAAACCCAGAUUCGAACAUGUUGGGAAAUGAGGUUUAGAUUUAAGAAAUGGGGUGUGUGUUGGGAAGAGAGGUAUCUUCAGGGAUUGUCUCAGAGUCUAGGGAAAGUAAAAAUGCUAGCUUUGAAUCAGACAAGAAAGUAGAAAAUGUCACAAUUCCAAAGGUUGAUGCUAGUGUUGUAGAGGUUGAAAAUGAGGGUACCCUAAAGGAGGAAAAAGCUAAUGGGGAAAGGAAACAAAGGGGGGAAAGGAGAAGGGCAAAGCCAAACCCCAAGUCGAGUAACCUACCGAAACAUUCGCUUGGAGAGCAAGUGGCAGCCGGAUGGCCUGCGUGGCUGUCCGAUGCCUGUGGCGAGGCGCUUAAUGGUUGGAUUCCACGAAGGGCCGACACAUUUGAGAAGAUUGAUAAGAUUGGUUCAGGAACAUAUAGCAAUGUGUACAAAGCUAAAGAUAUGGUAACAGGUAAAAUCGUUGCUCUAAAGAAGGUUCGGUUUGAUAAUCUUGAACCUGAGAGUGUGAAAUUCAUGGCUAGAGAGAUUCUCAUAUUGCGGAGAUUGGAUCAUCCCAAUGUUGUCAAAUUAGAAGGUUUAGUUACAUCAAGGAUGUCGUGUAGUUUGUAUUUGGUGUUUCAGUACAUGGAGCAUGAUUUGGCGGGGCUUGCAGCAAGCCCUAUAGUGAAGUUUACAGAGCCACAGGUUAAAUGUUACAUGCAUCAACUACUCUCUGGCCUUGAGCAUUGUCAGAACCGUGGGGUGCUUCACCGUGAUAUUAAGGGGUCAAAUCUUCUUAUUGAUGAUGGAGGAGUACUUAAGAUUGCUGAUUUUGGAUUGGCUACGUUCUUUGAUCCAAAUCGCAAGCAUCCCAUGACUAGUCGAGUGGUUACUUUGUGGUAUCGAGCCCCUGAGCUUCUUCUUGGGGCUACGGAUUAUGGUGUUGGUGUGGACCUUUGGAGUGCAGGAUGCAUUUUAGCUGAGCUCUUGGCUGGGAAGCCCAUUAUGCCUGGUCGAACGGAGGUAGAGCAACUACAUAAAAUAUACAAGUUAUGUGGUUCACCGUCAGAUGAAUACUGGAAAAAGUCGAAGUUGCCAAAUGCAACCUUAUUUAAGCCUCGGGAGCCAUAUAAAAGACGCAUAAAAGAGACAUUUAAAGAUUUUCCACCAUCAUCACUGCCCGUUAUCGAUACUCUACUUGCAAUUGAUCCAGCGGAACGUCUAACUGCGACUGCUGCAUUAAGAAGCGAAUUCUUCACGACUGAGCCUUAUGCUUGUGAACCUUCUAGCCUCCCAAAAUAUCCCCCCAGUAAAGAGAUGGAUGCAAAACGGCGAGAUGAUGAAGCACGGAGACUCAAAGCAGCUAGUAAAGCCCCAGGUGACGGUGCAAGGAAGACACGAACACGUGAUCGUACAAGGGCAGUGCCUGCCCCAGAAGCCAAUGCCGAGCUUCAGUCUAAUCUUGAUAGAAGGCGGUUAAUAACCCAUGCAAACGCAAAGAGCAAAAGCGAAAAGUUCCCCCCACCACACCAAGAUGGAGCACUUGGCUUUCCUUUAGGAGCAUCACAACACAUUGAUCCUUCAUGUGUUCCUCCUGAUGUCCCCUUCAGCACUACAUUCACAUAUUCGAAAGAACCAAUUCAAACUUGGUCUGGUCCGCUGGUCGAGUCUGCCAGUAAUGGUGCUCUGAGGCAAAAGAAGCAUGUUGCAGUCGAUUCGCGUGAACCAUCUAAACCUCCAAAAGGAUCCCAAAAAUGAAUGAAGUGGCGAUACUGGGCUAAAGGCAAGAAGAGCACACUUUAAACUCUCAGAUUUACGAAAACCGGUUGAUAUUGCAUUCGGUGACAGUGUCCAGAACUCUUACUGCUAUAGAAGCAUGUAUUCAAGGGUUUGAAAUCAAUUUAUUUAUUUUUCUAUAUUUUCCUUUGUUCUUUUACCUUUUUUAUUCUUUUUACAAUCCUAAGUGGCUGACUUUGAGGAUAAGUUUUCCAUUGUUAUGCAUAUUUUUAUUUCUUCA